AAUCGAUGUCGACUUGUCGUGAACGAUGCUCAUCUAUUGAGAAAGAUCUCCGUGCACAAGGCGUUUCAAGAUAGAGAAUCUUUGGUUAUUGAUAUUGUCCCUCUCAGAGAUUCUUUGUUCGGAACUGGUGGAGAAACAUGGAGACGGUCAAGGAAAACAAUAUCACCUUUAUUGAGUCGUUUUCGAGUUGAUUCCCCUCCUUUGACAUCGAUCAUUUCCCAAUGUGUUGAAAGUUAUCUUGAACAUCUCAGGCCAAAAAAUGUAGACGAAGGUGCACCGUUCAUUGUCGAUAUUGUUGACAACAUUCAUCGAUUCACUUUCGAUAUAAUUUGUCGCACAUCUCUUGGAAUGGAAUCUAAUUGCUAUUCGGAAAAUGAUCAAUUAGUAAAGUCCGUUGUCGAAUUUUUCGACAAUGCUUUUAACAAUGCGGUUCUUCUGUCCGAAGCUUUUCCUCUUUUCUCACACUUAUUAAAGUUUAUCAAUAAUUAUCUGACUUCUGGAAAAAUGACCAAUUCAAUUGUUGCUAAUCUGAAAAACCAAAUCAGAUAUUUCAUCGAAUUUAAAUCAGCACAAUCGGUCGAUGAUGAGCCGGGAAAACCCGUUUUCUUGGAAUCCAUGUUGAAAUUUCUCGUUGAUGGUAAAUUGAGUCAACAAGAAUUAAUCGGUAACAUUUAUCUCAUUGUUUUGGCGGGAUUCGAAGCUACUGCGAAUGCUUUGAUUUUUUGUCUUUAUUCAAUCGCUGAACAUCAACAUGUCCAGGAUAAAAUGAGAGAAAGUUUAACAGAAUUGGUGGAAGAAGAAUCUUAUACAGAAAUGGUUUGGCUUGAAACACUUCGUUGCUACCCACCUCCUUUGUUCAUCAUUAAUCGUGAAGCAUCAGAAGAAGUAAACAUCGAUGGAUUGACGAUUGAAAAGGGCUGGAUUGUCGAAGCUCCUAUUUGGCAGAUACACCAUUCAGAGAGAUAUUGGCCAGACCCAUGGACAUUUGACCCUGAGAGAUUCAGUUCAAGUAACAGGAAAAACAUUGUACCAUUAUCGUUUUUACCUUAUGGCUUUGGUGGUCGAACUUGUCUCGGAAUGCACUUGGCUAAUGCAGAAGCUCGUAAAUUGUUAUCAUCUAUCAUUUCUAAAUAUCGGAUAACUUUUUGUGAGAAGACCAUGAAUCCAUUACGAUUCAAAGUUCCAACAGCGGUUCUUAAUCCAGAGGGACCAAUUUUCCUCAAAUUUGAACCAAUAAAAUAACGAAAAUUCUUUUAAUCUUA